AGGAAAGUCUUCUGUUGUGAGGAGCUCAAAAGCAGAAAUUGUGUCAAAAAUAAAAGCAAACGCCAUCUAUCCUUCGCUCUCUCCUUCCUCUUCUCUCUCGUUCUGUCUCAGCAGGAAUUCUAUUGAUCAAAGUAAAAGAGCUCUGUGCAAUCGAUUUCUCAUUAUAAAUUUUUUUAUUAGAAUCAUUUAUAGCGUAGAGAGAUCAAAAAUCCAUAUUCAAAAACCAAAAUCAGAAACCCGCAGCUUUCAGAAUCAGAGGGCGGCACCUCGCAAUGGGUCAAGCCUUUCGGAAGCUCUUCGAUACCUUCUUUGGCAACACUGAGAUGCGGGUUGUGAUGCUAGGGCUGGAUGCAGCUGGUAAAACAACCAUACUUUAUAAGCUACAUAUUGGAGAAGUUUUAUCUACUGUCCCAACAAUUGGGUUCAAUGUGGAGAAAGUUCAGUAUAAGAAUGUGAUGUUCACUGUUUGGGAUGUUGGUGGACAAGAGAAAUUAAGGCCCCUCUGGAGGCAUUAUUUUAAUAAUACAGAUGGACUGAUCUAUGUUGUUGAUUCCUUGGACCGUGAGAGAAUUCGAAAAGCAAAAGAAGAGUUUCAGGCCAUCAUCAAAGAUCCAUUUAUGCUCAACAGUGUCAUCCUAGUGUUUGCCAACAAACAGGACAUGGGUUAAUGGAAAGCUUAGUGAGACAAAUGAAUGAUUGAAAUGGUUAGUGCUGAUUUGUCCUGCUAUCUUCUCAUAUCUGUGCAUCCUUGAGACGUUACUUAAAAGUAAAGGAUGGGCCGGGUGAUGGAGAAGGAAAGCCAUCUUUCUGCCUGAGAUAGUAGUUAGAUUCUUUAGGACCCAUUAUGGGUUCCUAUGUCCCUCCUCCUUUCCCCAUAUAUUCCUGUUGUACUUGCUGAAAUAGGAAGGUAUUUCAACAAUUUUUUUGAGACUAAAACUUGAUAGAUUUCUGUAUCAAACAAUUAUUAUUUUACAUAAGAACUCUUUUUGGGCCUUGUCAUGGUGCCAACAAGGCAAGGCAUUGGAGGAAUUGGAAAUUGUGAUGAUGGUGGUCAUGAUAUCUCCAUUUCAUGUAGCGAUUUCUUGCUAUGCUUAUAUACAUUACCCGUUUAUUUGUAUGUUUCUAUUGCGUUCACAUUAUCUGGGAAAAACAGGCCUAUUGUGUAGUUUUAUCUGAAAUUUGUGGAAUGAUAUUUCAUAAACCUCUAUUUUAUUAGAUUUAUCAUUAAGCUGAGUGGAGUGAAUUGCAUUGCAUUUGCUGCUUGUAUAAACCAAAUAUGCAAAUCUUUAUUUCAAUAUGCGUUUAUAAGUUGGUGUCUGUUUCUGUU